GCCGUCCUCUAUAUAAGUACCAAGCCCCUGCACCAUAAACUUAACAUUCCCAUCUCUUCACACCCUCUUAUCUCAUCUCAUCAGCACUAAAUUUGCUCAAAACUGGUGAAUCUUACGAUGGCGGCCUCAACUUUACUGUUUGUAGCUUCAAUUCUGCUGUCCUCCUUCGCGUUGAGUUGCAAUGCUAGCGGAACCUUCUCAGCCCUGCAGAAAUCUAUUCUUCUCACAUCUUCACCUAAAAGCGGACAAGUCUUGAAAGCUGGAGAAGCAAACAUCACUGUGACAUGGUCUUUCAACAAAACCUAUCCAGCUGGAACAGAUUCGGCGUACAAGACUGUUAAGGUAAAGCUCUGCUAUGCUCCCAUCAGCCAAAAAGAUCGCGGAUGGCGCAAAACAAAAGACGAGCUUAAGAAGGACAGAACUUGCCAGCACAAGAUUGUGAAAAGGGAUUACAAACCUGAGAGCGAUUCGGUUACUUGGACUGUAGAAAGAGAUAUUCCCACAGCAACAUACUUCGUAAGGGCUUAUGUUUUCAAUGCAGAGGAGAAAGAAGUUGCCUAUGGCCAAAGCACUAAUGAUGGAAAGAAAACGAACUUGUUUGAAGUAGAGGCAAUCACAGGGCGCCACGUCUCCCUUGAUAUUGCAUCUGCGUGCUUCUCUGUGUUCUCUAUUGUGUCUCUUGCUGGCUUCUUCUACCUGGAGAAACGAAAGGCAAAUGCUUCGCAGCAAAAGUAAGGGGAGGUUAUUUGUCGUUUAAAGUAACCGAAAGGCAAUUGCUUGACAUUGAGCUUUGAUUGAUGCUCGAAUUAGGUCUAUUGAAGAAGUAGUUUGUCAUGAGAUUGCAUAGAUUUUACAAAGCUAGAAGUUUUGGGUUUGAUUAAAGAUACAAUUUGAAGUAGAUAUGGAAAUUGAUUGUUACUUGGAUAGUGCAAAUAAUUAUAUGUAAUGUAUUAUUUGAGAUUAUAGUGAGUGAUGGUAGAAAAAUGUUAUGUGAGUUAUCAAAUGUAAUUGUGUUAUAAGUUGGAGAUAAUUACAAGUUUAUAACAAGUGAAGACUUAUUAUU